AUGAUACGCCAAGCAGUCGCCGAGUUAGUUAUUGAGAUUCUUAAUAACGGGGAUGACACACUCGAGACAGUCUCCUCCAAGUUUAAUGCAGAUUUCGAUUUCAAUGACCGCAUUUCUGCAUUAACUGGAAUCUCUCUUCUUCUUACAGACGGCUUGUUAAAUUACGCGCAGCAAAUUGUUGGCGUUUAUAUAUUAUUUAAUGAAGGAAAAUCACAGCCAACAAAUCCUUUUGCUUACAUUUAUCAAACAUUACUCAUUGUUCACCAAUCAAAUCCAAAUUUCAUAUCCCCUCAGCUUCAUGAAAUCCUGUCGUCAGUUUUGAAUGGAAAUGGAUUUGGUCCUGCAGCAAAAGAAUCAGCAAAUACGAUUUUGUCUGCCGGAUUCACAUUUCCAUCUCAAAAGGAGCCAAUUCUCGAUAAAACGCCAUCAGUUACACCCAGAAUUUCGCCGGUUAUCGUUUCUAAUACUCCAGAUACAAAUUGUCAGCAUAUAACACAUGAUCAGGCAUUGCUUAAGAUCCUUACAAGCGAGAUUUUCUGGAGUAACUUUGAAGCACCGUUCAUCCGUCCAAUUCCUGAAAUAGCACCGAUUUUUGAAGGAGAAUUAUCUCCAAUUUAUUCUUAUGCAACACCUGAGUUCUUAUUCGAUGCUUCGUCAACGACAUCUGCGAAAUCAUCGAUCCUCCUCCUGAUUGCAAAAGCUGCAGACACAAAAUUAAAGCCAAACGAAUCAAACGUUUUAAUUUCAGAAUUCAAGAGAGAUUCUUCAAUAUACGAUGAAUCAAAAUUCCCUCUAAACAGAUUUGCUUCACUCAUCGAGAACAAUCCGGACGUUGCAAAAGAAAUCGUCGUUACUUUGGGAAAUCGGAAACCUUCUAUUCUCAAAAACUUACAAUCUUUAGAUGUCACAGUCAACUCAAUCGAAGUUGUUCGACAUUUCGUCCUCAGUGGCUCUCCACCUGCAGAUUUCCUCCAAGGAUACGCAAAGAACUCGAUAAAACUGAUCCAGAGUCUGAAAGAUGGUCAGUCUGCACUCAGAAAGACAAGGAUAUUUACAAAAGUAAUGUCUAUUUUUAAGACGUCGAAUUACCCUUUCACUCCUGAACUCGUGUCCGAUCUGAAGGCAUUCUGCACCGAAUUGGCCUCUAAGAGCAUCAAAGAGGCUCAAGAUUUGUUGAAUAUGUUAUAA